ACAGUCUUUUCAGUUUCAGUAAGAAGAUUGCAACGAUGGUUGAGAUUCUCUUCGACGAUAUCUUUAGGGUGGAAAAGCUAAACCCUGAUGACAAAAAGUUAUUUGAAAGAGUUACACGCAUUGAAGCAAGAAGUGAAAGGUUUGACAUGUUUAUGCACCUAGACAUCAAUUCUGAGUUAUAUCCGUUGAAGGUGGGUCAGAAAUUCGCUCUUUUACUCGUUCCAACACUUAAUCCCGAUGGAACCCCUGACACUGGCUAUUAUGUUCAGGGCAAUCGGCAAUCGCUGGCUGACAAUUUUGAAUAUGUCAUGUAUGGGAAGCUCUACAGGAUAUCAGAGGGUUCAGGGCGCGAAAAAGCGGAGAUAAAUAUUUCAUUUGGUGGGCUUCUGAUGAUCCUGAAGGGAGAUCACUCUCAUUGCAACAAGUUUGAGCUUGAUCAGAGGUUGUAUCUGUUGAUGAGGAAAGUGUGAAAAUUUACGUUGAAAAAAACGAGGAUGUGAAACCUUCUUGUUGGCUUGUUGCAAAUCAGCAGCAGCUGUUUCUAACUUCAUGAUUGAGUGCUUUAUCUGCCGUUUAUCUUACUAAUGCGGUUCUUUAGGAUAUUUGGUGCUUUGAUUAUAUCAUUCAACUAAUGUGUACCUUUGCUAACUAGACAAGCUUGAUAAAAUAACUUCUGGCAGAAAUUAUCUUGUAAUAUGGUUUGACUUUAAUAGAAUCAACAUGAAUCAUAAACUACUAUUAGGAUAUAUGUUCUCUAUUUUCUAUUUAG